AUGCCUGUGCGUCUUUUGCUCUUCGCGCUCACGCUCGGAGCAACCGAGGUGUCAGGUGAAGAGAGGCUGGACUUUGCAGGUUCAGUGAGCAACAGAGUCGCCUCGGAUGAACAGGUCGUGGAGGGAACCAUCAGCCUGAAUGGCACCAUCACGCCAGAGAUCGUAAGCAAACUGAAUUGGGCAGCGCAAAACGCGCUUGUAGAGGCAUGUGGCCACGGUAGCAAGGUGGACGCCAGCACCAAGCUGGAGCUGUCGCCACGGACUCAUCGCGCUGUUGACGUCAAGUUCUGGGUUCUGCCUCGCAUGGGGGGAGGUGGCGACUGUGCGAUGACGCUCGUGGAGGCGGCAGCGGGCGGCUUUAUCCCUCCUUUCCCCUUGUCCGGCCCAGACAGGAAGCCGACGUUUCGGAACAUGAUGCAGAACCAAUUGGCCUUGAUCAUGGACUCCGGAAUCAUGUCAGACAUGUAUCUGCGGCUGUGGCGCGUCACCUGCGCGGUGAAGCCCGUUUGGAGGCUGGGCAACCAGUUGAGCGAGCGGAAUUCUAACAUGGCCUGCUCGACCUACGCCUCGGGAUGGGAGGUGUACUACGCACCGAGCCUGACCGAGCCGGCAACUGCAGAGGGCGGAUCCUGGGUUCCCCAGUAUUCCACCGGCAACUCCAACAAUGUGGUGGACCAGCUUCAAGAUCGCUGCCAAAUUGCCAAUUCUCCGUGCUUCUGCGCGUCGCUGCAGGGAUGCGGCUGGCGCCAGCAAGAAGAUGGUUCCGCAGCUUGCCAAACGAUGGCCGAUGGAGACUCAGCCACGCCUGUCAGCUGCGCGGCGUGCUCGGCCCAAGCCGAAUGCCCACCUCAAUGCAGUUCCGCCACCUUCGCCUGCACCUGCGCUGCCUUGCCGGUCAAUUGCAUGUGGGAGAAUGGAGAGUGUAAGCCCAGUGGUGGCGGCUCCAGCAAUAUUCCCUGCAGCGCUUGCGUUUUGCAGGACGCUUGCCAAGCCUCCCGGCCACGCGCUGUCGAUUUCAAUCCGAAGAGCAUCUUCGCCUUGCCACGACAGGGUGACUUGUCGAUCAUCGAGAUCACAUUCAACACAGCUCUGGGGCCGCUGCGCGCGGCGCGGGGCUCCAUGCGCUUCGUCUGUGGCACGGAGGGCCGUGAGCCGACCCGGACUGGUGUCACUCUAUUGGAGUACACAGUCCCUCCGGAAGGCCUCGCGGUGGAAGGAGACGUUCUCAAGGUGGCAUCUGGGACGGUCUUCGUGGCAGAGGCUACAACCUGCACUCUAAUGGCCGAAGAUGGUGUCGUGACCAAUCUGGAGGGGUUGCCUUCGAAGCCUGUCGAGUUUGGCUCCUACAUCUUUCAAAUGAAAGACUCGGUGCCUCCCGCGAUCAUUUCCUUCCUGCCUUCUGCGGGCGCUGGAUCUGUGUCGAUUGCAUCAAAGACUGUCAGCAUAACCUUCAGUGAGAGGGUCCGGAAGACCGACAGCUUCGGUGCCGAGCUUACCAUGGUGGACGUCCUUGGAGAGCCUCUGGGUACACCAACGCCCCUCGCCCUGGACAGUGUCAACGAGCGGUUGAUCAGACUGGACGUGGAAGGCAAGUUCGAGCCUGGGAGAUCCUAUCAGAUCACCAUCGCUGCAGGGUCCUUCGUCGACUGGGGGAACCAGCUCUUCCAAGGCCUCCAACCGGGAGUCUAUCGCUUCAAGGCGGAAGGCCAGCAUGACAACGUCGUGGACAUCGAUAUCGGGGAGUCUGGGCCGUCGAUCGUCGUCUUGGCCGGGGCGGCCGGCGGGAGUGCUGUGGUCAUCCUUGCAUUGGCCUGUCUGGCCUACCGGAUGUACGUGGUCUCGCGCGAGCCUUCGGAUCUCCCACCCUCGCCGGCCGCCGAAAAGGCUGCGCCGGGCAGGUCUCCCCCUAAGCUCCGGUUUGAUGAAGAGGCUCUGCGAGUCCAGCAGAUAGAUGACCUCCCGGAUUCUCCAGACAACAGGAAAUCUUACAGGUUCGAUGACGAGGAAACGAACGAGCCGAGCAACCAAGUCACCAACGAGCUGCGAAAAUCUGCCCAGCACCAGGAGGCAGCGACGGUUCGUCGCAACUCCAUUGCCGCUCAGAUGGAUCUGCCGCGGAAGAUGCGAAGCAUCACAAGUCGAGCCGUGUACAUCCGCCGACAGAGCAUCGGGUACUCGUGGCUAGCUAGGUGGGAGCUAUCCAUCCAUGUAUCUAUCUACCUGCAGAUAUUGACUACCUUCGGCAUGGUCGGCGAUGUGCCGCUCGUCCGCUGGCUGCAAGAACUCGAGAGUGCCAGAAGUUUUCGAGGACGGAACUCGAGCGUGUGA